GGGAAGAGAUUUGAUAAUACCUUAUUGUUCCAAUCAAUUGUGAUGCUUAUUGCAAUGAUGGCUUUGUUAUUUACUGUUGUAAAAUACAAGCCUACAAAUGUCCCUUUUACUCCUUUGAUUAGACACGAUUCCAUCUCCUCAGACUCUUCUGAUAGCCGCCAUGCUGCUGAAAUUGAGCGACAUAUUGAACUCAAGUGGUAUCAACGUACAUUCUGGGAUUGGGAUCAUUUUCUCGAUUAUCUCAACUGUUUGUUGAUAUUUACAACCUUUGUUGGUGUUCUCUACCUCUCAUUGCAUCAAUAUAGUGUAUUUAUUGAAGUUUUGGGUUUUUUGAGUUUGGGUUGUGAAGCUACAUUGCCUCUGCCUCAAUUGCUGACUAAUUUCAAGCAUAAGAGCACAGAAGGUUUUAGUUUAUUGAUCCUAGGAAGUUGGUUUAUUGGUGAUGGCUUCAAGGCCUUUUAUUUUAUUCACCAAAGAUCGCCUGUUCAAUUUGUUGCUUGUGCUAUCAUUCAGUUGACAUUUGAUACAGCUAUUGUGCUCCAAUUCAUUUUCUUUUCAACCUAUGUCAAAAAACUCUUGGGUAUUCGUAACGAUAUUAUGCUUCAAGAUGACGAAAGUGAUCGACAUAGCCAUGUUGAAACAAUUGCAUAG